AGAGACACUCCGACUUUGAACCAUCCCGGAUCCCUAGAAGGCACAAACAAGAAUGUCUAAGGCAAUCAAAGCCAUUGAUGAACGCAGUGUCCAUAGAAUCUGCUCUGGCCAAGUUGUUUUGGAUCUUGCUACAGCUGUGAAAGAGUUGGUCGAAAACAGCUUGGAUGCUGGUGCAACUGCUAUCGAUAUUCGAUUUAAGGACCAUGGAAUGGAAAGCUUAGAAGUCAUUGACAAUGGUUCUGGCCUGGACACUUCUGACUAUGAAACAUUAGCUUUAAAACACUAUACAUCCAAAAUAUCCAAGUUUGAGGAUCUAGUAGAUGUGGCAACGUUCGGGUUCAGAGGAGAAGCGCUUAGUUCCCUUUGUGCAUUGGCAAAUUUAACAGUUAUCACAGCAACUGCGGCGCAAGCUCCUGCAGGAUAUCGCCUAGAAUACGAUUCAAACGGCAAACUUGCAUCAAAAACCUCAGCUGCGCGUUCAUCUGGUAUGACUAUUCAGCUUAGCAACUUGUUUUAUUCCCUCCCUGUUCGCCAUCGAGAAUUUAAGAAGAACAUCAAGCGCGAGUUUGCAAAAGCGCUAAACAUCAUACAAUCGUAUGCGAUAAUUUCGCCCAAUGUUAGGAUUGUCGCUUCAAAUCAAAUAGGGAAGGGGGCCAGUAACAAAGUUAUAACAUGCAAUGCCAACAAAACCAUUCGAGAAAAUAUUGCCAACAUCUUCGGUGCAAAAGUCGUUGGCCAAAUUAUACCAGUCAACUUGUCACUUUCUCAGGCAGACGACACACCGACAGUCGAGGAGGAUAACGAUACCAGCAGCGGAGAAGGUGUAAAGGUGAUAGGGUUCAUAUCCAAGCCAACGUGGGGCAAUGGACGAAGCAGUUCUGAUCGCCAAUACUUGUAUAUAAAUGGGAGACCUUGCAAUUUGCCCAAAAUCAGCCGAGCACUCAAUGAAAUAUUUCGAUCCUUCAUCAGCAACCAAUACCCCUUUGCUAUAUUGGAUUUCCGGAUACCCAAUGGCGAAUUCGACGUUAAUGUUAGUCCCGAUAAACGCACAAUUUUCAUACAUAAUGAGAAAUGGCUGUCUCAGUGCUUUUCGGAGCAACUUGGACAGAUGCUGGAACCUUCACGCUACACGUUAUCAACAAAUGAACCCAUGGUUGAAACGUCUAUUGUGACCGAAUCGAUGAUACCUAAAGAUAACGACGUUGACAUGAACGACGAUAGUGAUAGUUUCAGUGACGAUCACAGGAAGGAAUCCUUUGUCGAUGAGGUGAUUGAGAUCGCUAUCCCGCCUAGACAAUCAGCGAGACGAGCAGGCUUCAAAUUAAGUGACAUGGCCCACAGUUCUGGAUCGAUGUUUCGACCGUCAAGAACAAGUCCUGAUGUCACUAGUACGAAACGUCAGUUAUCACAAACAACAUUAGAUAAUGUUACUGUCAAGCGAGCUAGAGCGAUGACCUUGGAGGAUGAAUUGUCAGAGGAAGAUGAUAUACUGGAUAAAGAUCGCGAAAAUGAUAAGAAUGACCAUGAGAAUUUCUAUGAGCCCUCUAAUACGCAAGAAGCUUUUGAUGAAAGAACGGUGUACAGAACAAACGGCGAUAUUUGGGAUACUAUAGAAGAUGAAGGAGUGCCUUCGGUCUCGACCGAAUCGGAAACAGCAUCCAAACAUUCUGUGUCAGAAAAUCGUCAUGCAGACGACGAACACGGCCAUUCGAUAUGGACAUCACGGAUACCAAUAGAGAAUGUUGUCCUAGAGACGAGCACAGAGACAGAAGGACAGGACCACGAGAUUGAGGACAUUCGGGAUAUCACUACAAGCGCUCCAACGGUUCGCUACGAGCAGAUAGUAACUGAUGUAGAUGUCAUCGUUUCUACCGACAGAUCGUAUCUCGAUACUUGUCAUCUGUCCAUAUCUGUAGAUCUUGAUGCACCAGGCUUACUCAAACGAUACAGGCAAAGGACUAGACAGCGACAUCAUGGAAAGAAGAUAAACCGAACGGCAACACCCCUUAUGAAUGCCAACAUUGCAAACACUACAGAUAAUGGGCAAGCAACCAAAGUUUUGGAUCGCGUUAUCCAAAAAUCCGAUUUCGAGAAAAUGCAAGUCAUUGGACAAUUCAACCUUGGAUUUAUCAUUGCAGCAUUGAACGAGGCAGAUCUCUUCAUCAUUGACCAACAUGCUUCAGACGAGAAAUUCAACUUUGAGACCUUGCAGCAGACGACACAGAUAAAGGGUCAGAAAUUAAUACAUCCACGAACGAUCGAAUUGACCGCAAGUGAAGAGAUGGUGGCGAUGGAUAACUUGGAUAUUUUGAAGUCGAAUGGUUUUGACAUUCGGAUAGAUGAGGAUGCGCCUCCAACUCAAAAAAUCAAAAUUAUCUCUCAGCCAGUUAGUAAGAACACCAUGUUCAACACAAAAGACUUCGAAGAGCUUGUAUUUUUAUUGUCCGAUCGUCCUGGCGAGAUGGUACGUUGUAGCAAGACAAGAGCUAUGUUUGCUUCUCGGGCGUGCCGAAAAUCGGUCAUGAUAGGCGAUAGUUUGGGAAAAGGCCAAAUGAUCAAGAUAAUCCGAAAUAUGAGUACAAUUGAUCAGCCAUGGAACUGUCCUCAUGGAAGACCCACUAUGCGUCAUUUGUUUAAUAUGCCACCGUCUACCAGUAGCAGGUCACGAGGGAUGGCGGUGAAAUUUCCAUCCAGUUACCUUUUGGCCUGAGAAGAUCACUCGUUCACAGGCGAUUUAAUUUUUUCUUACCUUUCUUCCUCACUUUUCUUCUUUCCUCACUGAAAUAAGAUCUUGUUCAUAUACCAAUCCUGAUAAAACAUGUCUUCACCUAGACGACGAAUUGAAACUGAUGUUAUGAAAUUGUGAGUAAAAUGUUCCCUGUUCCCUGACGAAUUUCGACUGGCACCCA